GACUUAAGGACGCCUACAUUGUAACUAGUAAGAAUAUAACUUAAAACUAAACAGACAAAACCUAAAUAGUGAUGAUUUCUGGUAGCAAUUUAGAUAUUUAGAUUGCAUUUAAAUGAGCCCUUGUCACACUCCAUCACAUAUACAUUGGCUUUUGUGUUUUAUUGGGGCACACAUUCACACCAGGAAACAGAUGAGGAGGAGCUUCUUGAGAUUUUAUUUGGUCAGCUAUCACAGGAGUUGAGAGCAUUUUUUCACCACAUGUGCAAAUGACGCACUGUAUUUAUUCUUAGUUGCAGAAGAUUUCAUCUUCCAUACUUGAACCUGUUAGCUGGGUCCUAGAAUUUUGGGAAAACCAUUACUGGGAGCUGUUUUGUUUUCUCAGAGUGUUGUAUGAUUUUCAAUAUUCAUAAUGGAUGAUCUGAAUGAAACUAUCGAUCCCAGAUGUCUAGCUGAGCCACCUCUGGCUAUGGACGUUAUUGGCCAGCUGGAUGUGUUUGGGAUUGCUCUAUACUCCAUCAUGACAUUCAUGGCUAGUGUAUCUCUAUUGUUGUAUUUGGAGGAAUGUGUGUAUAUCUUCAAACACGUGUCCUACCCAAAGAAAACCACAAUCAUAUGGGUCAACGGUGCUGCACCAAUCAUUGCUACUAUGUCAUGUCUCGGAAUGUGGAUCCCAAGAAGCACUAUGUUCACAGAUAUGACCUCUAACUCAUAUUUUGCAGUUGUGAUCUACAAGUUUCUGAUCCUCAUGCUGGAGGAGUGUGGUGGUGACGAGGCUUUUCUGAAGUACUCAGAGAACAAGACGAUCAGGAUCAGCACGGGACCGUGCUGCUGUUGCUGCCCCUGCCUCCCCCGAGUGCCCAUCACACGGCGUAUGCUGUUCCUGCUAAAGCUGGGAUCACUGCAAUAUGCCAUUAUGAAGACAGUCUUCUCUAUUUUCUGUAUUGUUUUAUGGACCAAUGGAAUCUUCAGUCCUUCUGAUGUGACGAUAACAGGAGCUGCUAUCUGGAUAAACCCAUUCGUAGGAGUCCUGACUAUUAUUUCCUUGUGGCCGGUAGGCAUCAUGUUCAUGCACAUACGGAACACACUGCGCAGCAUCAAGAUCAUCCCUAAGUACGCCAUGUAUCAGCUGGUCCUGGUCCUGAGUCAGUUGCAGUCAGCCAUUAUUAAUAUCCUGUCCCUUAAUGGAAUAAUUGCCUGUUCGCCACCCUACUCAUCUGUAGCCCGAGGAGCUAUGCUUACUGAGCAGUUAAUGAUUGUGGAGAUGUUCAUCAUCACGCUGGUGACGUGGACGCUGUAUAGACGUUCGUAUGAGCCUGUCAAGCUGAAGCCCUAUGAGAGUGAAAAUAACCUGGAUGCUAAGCUCAGCUUAAAACCUACCUUAGACGUGGAGCAUGCUGCCUGACAUGGAAGAAUAUAUUUAUAAUACUGUGCCUUUUAUAUUUGUGUUUUUGUAUUUCAGUAUUUCAUAUAUCACUUCAUGUAUGGUGUAUAUAUAGUAUAUAGAUAUAAUAAAAAUAACAUACAGAGUGGAGAAGACUCUGUUACUCUCACCACCUCCGCAUCUAUUACA